GGCUGCUGCUACAAACGAUUUCACUAUGUGGAACAAAACCCAAACGUACGAACUACAGAUGACGCGCAUGCUGUGCAUCGAUACACCGUACCUCGUGACGGAGCUGCUGGAAUGUCGGAUAACCUUGAGAAGAAAUCAGAUGCCGCUUCUGCAUGUGGUCAUUCAUGUGCCUGAUGUGUACACCUACAUCGUGAUACAGUAUCGUCUGUAUUAUAAGUUUAAGACGUACCAACCGUUUCUGAUCGGUGGCGAGUUGGAAGUGUGUACCACGCUGACACAAAGCGAACAAGGCACUUUGCACGAUCCGCUCACGGUGUACGCCUUGAAGGUGUUGAAGCAUUUUUUGCCGGGAGUAAUCGUUCCCUGUCCGCAUGGCAACCGGACCUACGUCGUUGACAGUGUCUUUAGGAAGGAGUAUGCGCCCCAAUCGGUUCCUGCCGGUGACUAUAGGAUGGAUCUGCGGUUUGCCACCAGAAGCAAUGUGACGAUGCUCUCCUUGCAGGGAUUCUUUUCCGCACGGCGUAAGGGUAUAUUGGGCUCCAUGCUAGAGUGGUAAAUGAGGGCUCGUUCUAUUGA